AUGCAGUCCCGGUGUCCAGGGGCCCAGGUUCCCAUCAAGGCGUGUGGCCUGUCAACAAGGUACCAGAUCGCCACCCGCCUGGCCGGCAGCAGCCCCAGCACGUUCACCACGGCGGAGGUGGGUGCCACGGUGAGGCAGUUCACGGGCACCGAGCUGGCCCCAGAGUCGGCAUACAUCUUCAGGCUGCCGGCCAAGACGAGGCAGGGCUGGUCGAGCCGCUGGAGGGCCCCGUCAUCACCACUGAGAAGAGAGCCUCCAAGAGACGAGAGCCUGAACAGCCUUCUUCAGGAAUACCAGAUCUACUACUGGGAGCUGGAGUCAGAGGUAUCCUCAGCCACCGUGUCCAAGAUGCUCAAAACCGCUUUGGCUUUACAGGCUGAGCUCCCAGCUCUGAGAAACACCGGUGUCAUGAGGUCAUCCUGACGGCCUACAACAUCAUCGGCGAGAGCCCAGCAGCGCGCCCGUGGAGGUGUUCGUCGGCGAGGCCGGUAAACUCCGGGCGCCCCCGCCAUCUGGGAGGCCUGGCCUGGCGCUCUCAGGGGCUGAGCAGCGUGCCCGAGUUAAGGAGCAUGGUGCCUGUGCGAGGCCGGGC